CGACCACCACCACCACGGCUCCUCCGACAACAACCAACACUGCUCCUACGACAACAACCACAACUGCCCCAUCAACCACCACCAUGGCUCCUCCAACAACAACCCCCACUGCCCCACCAAUCACCACCAUGCCUCCUCCGACAACAACCACCACUGCCCCACCGACCACCACCACCAGGGCUCCUCCGACAACCACCACCACUGCUCCUCCGACAACAACCACCACUGCACCAUCAACCACCACCACUACCACUGUCUCACCAACUAUCACACCAACGGCAUCUCUGACAACAACAACCACUAGAUAUGUUGUUUUCAGAUCCCUUCAAAGCAAUUUUACUGCGGACUUGUCGAAUUCAUCAUCUGAAGAUUUUAAAGAGCGAUCUGCAUCUAUUAAGACACAGAUAAGCCUUCAAACUGUUCACCACCACCACGGCUCCUCUGACAACAACCACCACUGCCCCACCUACUACCACCACCACCACGACUCCUCCGAUAACCACCACCACGGCUCCUCCAACAACAACCACCACUGCCACACUGACCACCACCACCACUGCUCCUCCAACAACAACCACCACUGCCACACUCACCACCACCACCACGGCUCCUCCGACAACAACCACAACUGCCCUACAGACCAGCACCACCAUGGCUCCUCCGACAACCACCACCACGGCUCCUCUGACAACAAUAACCACUGCCCCACCGACCACCACCACUACAGUUCCUCCCACAACAACAACCACUGCCCCACCGACCACCACCACCACGGCUCCUCUGACAACAACCAACACUGCCCCAUCAACCACCAACACGGCUCCUACGACAACAACCACCACUGCCCCAUCAACCACCACCAUGGCUCCUCCAACAACAACCACCACUGCCCCACCUACCACCACCACCACGACUCCUCCGAUAACCACCACCACGGCUCCUCUGACAACAAUAACCACUGCCCCACCGACCACCACCAUAGUACCCAGAACAACAACAUCUCCUCCCACAACUACCACCACAGCUACAACAACUACUACAGUGGUACCCACAACAACAACAUCUGCUGCAACAACUACCACAGUAGUACCCACAACAACAUCUGCUCCAACAACUACCACAGUACUACCCACAACAACAUCUGCUCCAACAACUACCACCACAGCUCCAACAACAACAUCUGCUCCAACAACUACCACCACAGCUGCAGCAACUACCACAGUAGUACCCACAACAACAACAUUUGCUCCAACAACUACCACAGCACCUCCAAAAACCGCUACUACUCCUCUAAGUAG